UUCGCGGGCGGGAGAUCUAGAGGACCUUGAGCGAGACACUUUACGCGCGUCACUGAAGUCACUAUGAGGAGCAUGUGUCGUACGGGCGUCCUGCUGCCGGUUCUCCUGCUGUGGGCUGUGUGUAGUGUGUGGGACGUGCAGGCGGAUGUCAGGACGGUGAAGCUGUGCGGCAGAGAGUUCAUCCGCGCGGUUGUCUACACGUGUGGAGGCUCCAGGUGGAGAAGGCUCAGCAGCCCGCAGGAUGGAGAAGGUUUUCUGAAUGGAGGCGUCAGCUCCAGUGUUGAGGAUCUCGGAGAGAGUCUAGACUCUGCUGUAAGCAGACGAGACCUCGAUAGCGUUUGCUGUCAAUUUGGCUGUAAGAAAAGUGACCUGACGUUCCUCUGCUGAGCACUGACUCUACUUACACUUUUUUCCUCCUUUUCUUCUACAUUAAUAAGUUCAGGUGAAUAUGAACGCUUCUCUAUAAAGUGUAGAUUCAGUUGUUAUAACCACUUAAUUUGCAGACAGAUUGUGUUCAUUUACAUUAUUUGGAUUUGAUCUUUCUUCUGUAUUGUACUUAAAAAAAAAGUUGAAUUGUUUGUUGGUGGAAGGCAGUAAUCAAUUGUUUUAAUUGUACAUUGUGUUUUGCAAACUUUGUCAAUAAAUAUUAUUGCAUACACA